AUGGAGUUGGCGUUGUUGGGAGCGGACAUGGUUAAUCUUUUCGCCCUAGGAACGAUCCCGAUGGAUAAUUUUUGCAAUAACAUUAAAGAAGCAGAUCCACGGUCCUGGGAGGACAAAUUUCCGUCGGUAUUCCAUGGCACGGGGAUUUGUACCAAAGCCAGCGUUCAUCUGCAGCUACGAAAAGAUACCCGUCCAGUGUUUCAUCCCAAGCGCCCCGUUGCGUAUGCAAUGGAAGAGAUUGUCAACAAGGAGCUCGAUCGGUUGGAAGGCUUGGGCAUUAUAUCACCUGUCGAUUACUCGGAUUGGGCAGCACCAGUCGUUGUGGUCAGGAAGACUAACGGACAGAUACGACUAUGCGGCGAUUAUUCGACCGGCCUGAAUGCAGCUUUACACCCGCAUGAGUAUCCACUUCCGUUACCACAGGAUAUUUUUUCUAAACUGGCUAGAUGCAAAAUAUUUACACAACUCGAUCUUUCAGAUGCGUUUCUCCAGGUGGAAAUAGAGACAGGAUGUCGGCCAUUGCUCACGAUUAACACUCACCGAGGCCUUUACCACUACAAUAGACUCCCCCCAGGCAUCAAAGUAGCACCGGGAGCAUUCCAGCAGAUCAUGGACAAGAUGCUCGCUGGCAUAAACGGAGUAUCAGCCUAUAUGGAUGACGUGAUUAUCGGUGGUAAAACGCAAGAAGAGCACGACAUCGCCCUGGAGGAAACAAUUAAACGCAUACAAGACUACGGCUUUACAAUACGAUCAGAAAAGUGUGCGUUCAAUAAGCCACAAAUCCGCUAUUUAGGGCAUAUUAUAGACAGCCAAGGCCUCAGACUUGACCCGUUGAAGAUCGAAGCCAUUAAAAAACUGCCUCCACCGAAAGAUAUCUCAGGAGCACGAUCGUUCAUCGGUGCGGUGAACUACUAUGCAAAGUUCAUCCCAAGUAUUAGAGAUCUGCGUUACCCAAUGGACAAAUUGCUGCAAAAUGACCUCCUGCUCACACAUUAUGACCCGAAGCUUGACAUUGUGGUUUCGGCCGAUGCUUCAUCUAUUGGACUUGGGGCAACGCUUAGUCACAAAUUUCCUGAUGGAUCUCUUAAGGUGGUGCAACACGCAUCUAGAGCGCUGAGUAAGGCUGAAGAGGGUUACAGCCAAAUCGAUCGAGAAGGUCUCGCCAUCAUAUUUGCUGUAACGAAAUUCCAUCGGAUGCUAUACGGUCGACAUUUUACGUUGCAAACCGACCACCGGCCAUUAGUGCGAAUUUUUGGAAGCAAAAAGGGGGUUCCAACGUAUACAGCUAAUCGAUUGCAGAGAUUCGCAUUAACACUUCACCUUUACGACAUGACCAUCGAAUACAUCCCCACUGGUUCUUUUGGCAACGCCGACGUUCUUUCUCGCCUCAUACAAAACCAUGCGAAACCAGAGUCGGAAUACAUCGUAGCAAGCAACGAAUUAGAGCAGGAUCUCAGAGACAUUGAGCUCUACACUCAGCAAGAUCCGUCGCUCCAGAAGGUUUACAAGUACGUGCGAGAUGGUUGGCCUCGCGACGUAGCUUACGGAACAGAUCUUGCACGGCUCUACGAUAGAAGGGAAUCGCUGACCAACGUGGAUGGCUGCAUUCUUUUUGGAGAGAGAGUAGUCAUCCCGGAGAAGCUGCGCAAUCGCUGUUUAAAUCAACUACACCGAGGACAUCCGGAAAUGCAGAGGAUGAAAUCGGUUGCACGUAGCUACGUAUAUUGGCCUAAGUUGGAUGACGACAUAGCACGCUAUGUGGCCUCCUGCGAGGCAUGUGCAGCAGCGGCAAAAUCACCACCAAGGGCAACCCAUUUUACUGAUCAGUCUGCAUUUGAGACAUCCCAACACACUGCGGCCUCCACACCACCACAACCGCAGCAGGCCCUGGAGACCGAACAUCCUACAGAAGGUAUGAACCAGCAGCAGAUAGGCGUGCCACACGAAAGCGAUCUCACUAUGAGCAGCGUGCUGUGA